AUGGAAAUUCGUCUUAAAUUCCAAAAGAUGGCUGAAGCAGCUAAAGAAGAACACAUGAAUAAACGGGUUUCAUCAAAAUUUAGCGAUGGAGGUGAUAAUGGAUAUAAUAUAAGUCCUUCAGUAUCAACGAUACCAAAUCAACCGGUUUAUUAUGCAAACUCGGAAAUGAUUUUGAAGAUUAUAAUUGUUAUAAUCAGCGAACCAUCAUUAUCCUCACCAAUACAUGACCGAGAGAAUUCCUAA